AUGCACGCCAGUCAAAGGGUAGAAGAGGACAAUCGUGAUCCUGUUUCGGCACUGUUCGACUCGCUAAAGGAGACAGAACGCCAACAAGCCUUUUUGCGCCAACAACUCAAGGCGGCUCUUCAAGACAAGAUGAGAGCUGCAACCGCAAAGAUCCAAGCGGCUCAGAAAGAGCAAAGUGACUUGGAAACCGUGUGGGGAGAGCUGUUUGGAGAGGAAGAGUGUGUGUUAGACGACGAGGUUCAAGCGCCUACCGACGUCCCAGCUGUCGUCGAGGAAGACGUGGUGCAGGAAGAAGAUAGAAAGAAGGUCGAGGCUAGUACGUGGAGGUGGUUUGAAGGGGCUGUAGAGGGUGAUGAAGGGGUGUCGCGGACGCUCAGAGGUGGCUUGCCCAAUGAGAGCAGUCACCUCUUGCCGUCCUACAAGUCCACUCCCCCAGUCAAGAUGACACGAUUCAUGGAAGAAGCCGAGCCCAUUGACCAAGAAAGUGAUUCUCGGCUGGCACUAUCCACGUCUCUCUCGGCUUCACUGGGCUCAUUGGCUAGUAGUGCCGCCAUCAACACGGUUCAGCUUCCAGCUUCACAUUAUGACAGUAUCCUCAAGUCGUCCUAUCGAGAACCUCCAUAUCGGAUGGUGGCGAGUGAGAGGGUGGAUGUACCGACUGGAAUGGUGGCCGUUAGAAGAGAGUCGCUCAUCACGCUGUUGAGAGCGUUUGACCAGAUCCUUCUCCACGAGGCAGCUUGA